GGGACGCACGGUACGUAAUGUGCGCAGCUGCACCAGAUCUACAGAUCAUGUGUGAGUUGCAUUGGAGAGGACGUGAGACCGAUCCAGGAGCACUGAAGUCAGAUGGGCUUGGCCGGAACAGUGUACCUACCGACAAUAACGCAGUCAAUACUUGACGUACUUAACUUUAUAACUAAAUAUACAUGACGCUUUAUAACUUUCUCCAUCUGCGCUUCUUCUGAGGACGCUUCUAGAGGAAUCCAAGUGUUCAGUAUGGCAGGCUGUGGAGAAGUGGACUGUUCAGUGAAUGCCCUGGCUCCCUCCAAGCUGAUAGAGGGAGUAGGAGAUACUUGUGCGACUGAUCCUUCCAGCUCCACCGCCGCCACCCCAGAGUGUGCCAUCUGCCUGCAGAGCUGCAUCCACCCCGUACGCCUUCCGUGCCUCCAUGUCUUCUGUUUCCUGUGUGUGAAAGGUGCCUCUUGGCAGAGCAAGCGCUGCGCUCUCUGCCGACAAGAAGUCCCAGAAGACUUCCUGGAGCGGCCAGUUCUCCUCUCACCUGAAGAACUGAAAGCGGCAGCUGCAGGGGUGAGCCGAGGUGGCGGGGGCGGUGCCCGUGGAGACUAUGCAUGGUACUAUGAGGGGCGCAACGGCUGGUGGCAGUAUGAUGAGAGAACCAGCCGGGAGUUGGAGGAAGCCUUCGCUAAGGACAGAAAGAGCACAGAGAUGCUGAUAGCGGGGUUUCUUUAUGUGGCCGACCUGGAGAACAUGGUGCAAUAUCGCCGGAAUGAGCAUGGACGCAGACGCAAGAUAAAGCGGGACAUUGUAGAUAUCCCCAAGAAGGGAGUUGCAGGACUGAGGUUAGACCCCGAACCUGCCUCUAUUCCUGCUGUAGCAGUUGUCCCCCGAGCUGCAACAGAACGCGUCUGCUCAGCUGAUGGAUCGGACACUGAUGGCACAUCACAAUCUUCAUCCUUUGGGAUUAUGACAUCUGUUCCCCCUGUUAGACCUCCAACACUCCUGGGGCGCAACCUUACUAGUCCCCUUCCUCCCUCACCCUUAAGCGUGGAAGAUUCUUUCUCCCAGCUUCUAAUCAGCCAGCCAGAGGGUGGAGAGGUGGAAGGAGACGAUGAGCCACAGACGUACGAGUAUGCAUCUGGCAGCAGUGAGAGUGAGGAGGAAAGGGAGUGCGAGAGAGGGACAGCAGAAUUGGUGCGAAGACAUAGGCAAAGACCGCUAAGAGAGAACCAGCCAGCCAGGAUGCCUCCAAGGGGCGGGCCCUCCAGCUCUGCAAUCAGUCUCCGCUCACGUAGUCCUGAUGGACAGUGCACUGUGACAGAAGUGUGACUGCGACUGGACAGUGGUAUCUGUUCUACAGAUGACAGUGUUCAAACUUUUAUCAGGUCGGGAAAAAAGUUUGUAAACCAAUAUGCAUCUUUAAAGGUCCCAUGAAAUGAAAAGAAAACGUUUGUGUUUUUAUUUGUGUCACUGGGUGUAGUUUGCCCUUUCCAUCAUGUGCCAUAUAUGAUCCUAAAAUAUAUUAUAUUUUUAUAUCAAGAUAUUCUUUGGUUAUUCAAAGAUCUCCAUCCAAUUGAAUGUAAUCUUAAAUUUGUGUGUGAUUCGGUAAACACUUUCUUCCAAACCUGCAGAUCUACAAAGGUAACUAGCAGUAGCAGCAAUAACAUGGUUCACAGCUGUGCUCUUACAUCAUUGACAGCUCACUCCACUCUUAACAUAUACUUACUUAACAUCUGGGAUAAAGUCAUGCCCAACUUUAUUGUCUUAAACUAGAAGGAGUUAACAUGUUAUAAACUGUACUUUGCUUUGGGCUAUUAUCUGCUGAUUAACUGAAAUGUAUAAAUAAACACAAAAUUAAUUCACUCCAGUAAUUUAAUAAAGACUUACAAAACAUGUAGUCCUUUUGGCUCAGACAGUAGAGGACUGUUGGCAUUAAUCUGGGCUGCACAUGUGAUGAGAGAAUGCACUGUGCAUGCAGAAGGUUGUACAUUUACUGAAUUCCUAUUUAAUGGGAUGCUGUCAAAUGAUCUGUACGUGUGAUGGAAGAGUGCUGCUGAAUGCAGUGCAGUUCAAUUACAAUUUAAUUAAAUGGCCAUACUUUAAACUAAAACAUGCCAUAGGACCUAGUAUUGCUUUUGUGUCUGCAUUUCCCCCCCAAAAUAAAUUAACGCUAUGAUUUUUAUAUUAAAAUUGUGCAAAAAAGUUUAACUUCCCUUUAAAAAAUGAGAAAUUUCCAGAACCGAGAAUAUUAAAGCCAUUUCAUGGGACUUUUAACACGUGAAAUAAACAUUUUGCCGAAGACUUCAUACGCUAGUUUUCCAGCAAUAUAUUGUAAACAAUGGUAGUUAUGCAUUGCUCUCAGCAACAUGUUAUAGUGACGCAUAACAGUCUUGUUUUCAGGCCAAAAGAAAUGUGACAAACUAUGGAAGCUUCUUUGUCAAUGUUGUCCAAAAAACUACAAUCUGUCACUGCCGUUACAUCAAUUUGUGAUUUGGCAAUACAACCUCUUUAGAAAUUAAACUACACCCACUUUGUUCUUUAAUCUUUUGGUUAACGUGGCUGAUAUUUUUGUACGGUUUUAUUUUCUUUCUCUUUUGGACGUGAUUGUGUAAAAAGCUUAAAUGUAGCAGCUUAUGUACCAGGUACAGAGGCUUAAAACGGCUCACUUUUCCUGCUUUGUUGAUUAGAAGGACCUAAUUAAUAAUAUUUAAUCUGGGGUUUGUGCGUAUAUGUUUAAGCGUUUGAGGGGAGAGAGUCAGCAUUCUCUUUUUUUAGUAUGAGAGUCUUGUUUUAAUAAUGGCUUGUUUGUGUUGUGAGCAGUGUUGGGUGCUGAAAAGCUACUGGCAAAACCACUGGAAAGUGUUAGGCUGAAUAUGUAGAGAGACACAUUUGGAUUUCUAUUUCUUGUCAUAGUACUCUGGAUAGGGCUACUAUCAGAGCGCUGGCACUGACAUGUACUUGGACGUUCUUUAGCUGUCCUCCCUCACUUAGUUUUUUCCCCUUUUCUGCCUCAGCUGCUAUUAUUUUAACUGUCAACUUUUCACUGUUUGUGUCUUACCGUCUGUAUGACCUAUAACAAACUUCCAAAUGUGUGGUGUUGCCCCUGUGGUGUUUUGUCAAGUUAUUAAAUAUCUAUAAUUUAAAUGUA